GUAGUUUUUUAACAUAUGUAUUGCUUUGACAGGUAGAAACAGGUGGCUGGGAGAGAGAAGAGACCUUAUGUUAAUCAUGUCCAGGAGAAGAUCAGAGAGCAGAAGCCUUUCAGGUUUGUUGUCUACAUCUCUUCAGACGCAAAUCAGGACAGAUAAUUUUCACAACUUUUAUGUGCUUGAACCUGAAGAGCUAGGAAGAGGAAGAUGUGGAGUGGUUAGAAAAUGUACAGCUAAAUCCACAAACCAAGAAUAUGCAGCUAAAUGUAUGAAGAAAAGGAGAAGAGGGCAAGAUUGUAAAGCAGAGAUUUUACAUGAAAUUGCAAUUCUUGAAUUAACGAAAUCUAGUCCUCAUAUAAUUAAUCUCCAUGAAGUCUAUGAAACAGCAAAUGAGAUCAUCUUAGUGUUGGAAUAUGCUGCUGGAGGUGAAAUUUUUAACUUGUGUGUCUCGGACCUAGACGAGAGAAUUGGUGAAAGUGAUAUAGCCAGACUUAUUCGACAAAUACUUGAAGGUCUCAUCUGUCUGCAUGAGAAUAAUAUUGUGCAUCUAGAUUUAAAGCCCCAGAACAUCCUGUUGAGCAGUUUGCAUCCUCUUGGUGAUGUAAAAAUUGUAGAUUUUGGUAUGUCUCGGAAGAUUGAGAGUGCUAGUGAACUGCGACACAUCAUGGGAACCAUAGACUAUCUAGCUCCAGAAAUCUUAAACUACGAUCCAAUCACCACAGCUACAGAUAUAUGGAACAUCGGCAUAAUCUCAUAUAUGCUGCUGACUCAAGAAUCUCCAUUUGCAGGAGCUGAUAAGCAAGAAACUUUUCUUAAUAUCUCCCAAGUUAAUGUGGAUUAUUCUGAUGAAACUUUUGCGUCUAUUUCACAGCCUGCCAAGGACUUCAUUCAAAAACUUCUUGUAAAAAAUCCAGAGGAAAGACCAACAGCAGAGGCUUGUCUCUGUCAUUCUUGGUUGCAGCAAGGGGAGUUCAUACUCCUGUACAGUCCUGAAGAAAAUUCCUGUCCUUUUCUGAUACCAGACCAUACAGCAAGGUGUUCAGAGGAGAAGAAUACAAAAUCUAUUUGUAAUGGUACCUGCAGCAACAGAGAAGAUAAAGAAAACAUUCCAGAGGACAGCAGCACGGUCUCUAAACGUUUCCGGUUUGAUGAUUCAUUGCAACAUCCUCAAGACUUUGUGACAGACUUUGUAUGUUAACAUGACUAUUUAUGCAGGUUCUCUGAAACUAGAUUUAGGAUAAUCUAUUCCAGAGACUAAUUUUAUAACGUGUUGCCCAUUCCUACAGAGUGGCUAUGCUGGAAGUGCACUUUUGAUGCCUAUGCUGGUGCUCCCUUUAAUGGCAUUGCUGGCAAUGGACUUCACUUCUGCAAAACUGGAGUUCUGGCACUAACUUCUCUUUUGACUGAGCUAUAGUUGAAAAUGGUUUGCACUUUUCAGGUUUUAGUCCAAAAAAGAUAUUAGUGUUCAAUAUAAAGAGGAUAAAACGAAUGCAUGGAGCUAGCUGAACAACUCAGGCAUAGUCAAGUCAAAGACUAGGGCUUGCUACCUGAUCAGAACUGGGGAAUUGAAACUAGUUUUUGGUAGUCUUUUCUUACAGAAGUGCUUCCCAAACUUUUCCUCACCAUGACCCCAUUUAUGAACCCACUUCCUCAGCAUGGCCCCUCUUUCGCAACCGACAGCCCUCU